AUGGUGGACUGGAGGAGAGUGGCGGCGGCGGCGGCGGCGACGGUGCUGAUCAGCAUGGCGGCAGUUGGGACGCUGAUGGCAACGAAGCCGACGGUGCUAGAGCAAUUCGUCUAUCAGACCCAGGUGGAUCCUAGCAAUCAGGUCUUCUCCUACUCGACUUCUGUCGCACCUGAGAAGGGGAACUUCGUCUACUCCACCACCAUGGAGCCUUCGCAGCAAGUACAUACAUACAGCACUCAGAUGACCUCACAGCCCUCCACAUUCACCUACUCUACCACGUACCAGGAGCAACCUUCCUCGUUCACCUACUCGACGAUGGUUCAGCCGGAGCAGACUCAGUUCACCUACACUGGAACUCCCACGGGUCAAGGAGCCGGUUUCAAUACCUACAUCGCGCAACAGGUUGAUCCCAAGACGAUUGUGAAUGGCUACGUACAACCUCAAGCGUCCAAUGAAGAAUGGUACACUGUCCCCAUCGGGUCCCUCCAUCCCCUCGACGUUGCUGGAACUCCUGGCCUAGGUAACGUGGAGAGCGUCAACCCUGACGGAACCGCCCGCGCGAUGGCCCCGCUGACCCUCUCAGGGGAGCGAGCAGACGGGACUGUGAGCACUGAGGAUGCUCGAGGGAGACGGAUGGGCCUGAAGGAGCAGAGGGGGCGGGAGGAGCAGCUCCUGCAAGUGCCGGACAAGUCGAGGGAGAUGGAGCGAAUUUUCCGGACGCCGGUGGACCAGGUGGCGUCGUUGACGGCGAAGGAGAGAACAAUGUGGGCGAAGCAUGUGAUUGCGGAGGUAAAGAGAGCUAAGUGGCUGAAGAAUAUUGCAACCUUGUCGAUCGCGCAGGUCAAGAAACUUUCUCCUGCUGAUCAGAAACUCUGGGCAAAAGCGACUUUGAAGCAAGCGAACCUACAGUGGGCCAACUCUGCAUCGCAUCUCGUGCACAAGGAGCUCAGCUCUAAGAAGGGCCCAGCUGCUGCCCACCAAGGCCCUGGGGUGAUGUCAGGGCAGAGGGUGAAGUCGCGAGAGGGGCAGAAGGGGGUGGUAACGUCUCGGCCCGAUAUGUUCGGAAUGCCCGACCUGAGCGGCCCCUGGUCCUCUAAGUCCAACAAACUCCCCAGCUCGCUCGCCGAGAUCAACUCGUCGCUGCGAACGGACACGCCGUGCGGUGUGGAGUGCAUGAGGAGAGCAGAGGAAGCGGCGAGAUCCAUGCUCCCGACGUCGUGAGAACUUGAGAUGAAAAUAAACUAGAAACAACCUUG